AUGGCCGUCGUGGAGGACCUUCUGCGGACGCAUGGGGAAGUAGGAGGAGGUGGGGGAGGGGGUGAGGGGGUGGGGAUUGGGAGGAACAUCGACAUAGCCUGGCGCAAGGCGGAGGCGGCCGCAGUAAGAAGGAACGAAGCUACCAGCUGGUUGCGAAGGACAGUAGGGGUAGUCAGCGCGAGGGACCUUCCGGAAGAGCCAUCUGAGGAGGAAUUUCGGGUUGGCCUGAGGAAUGGCAUCAUUCUUUGCAAUGCAGUCAAUAAGGUUCAGCCUGGUACUGUACCCAAGGUUGUGGAGGUCCACUCGGUGUCUACUAUCCCUGCAGAUGGUUCAGCUCUCUGUGCAUACCAGUACUUUGAAAACGUGAGGAAUUUCCUCACUGGCCUACAAGAUUUAGGUCUCCCAACAUUUGAGGUCUCCGACCUGGAAAAGGGUGGACAAGGUGUCAGAGUUGUAGAUUGCGUUCUCGCCCUGAAAUCAUUUGCUGAAACGAAGCAAAUUGGCAAACAAUGUUUAUUUAAAAAUGGUGGCAACAUAAAGCCUCCAAUGUCUGCAAAAUGUUUUGUUCGUAAGAAUGAACCAUUUACAAAGGCGAUGAUAAGGAGUCACUCAGCUGAGCUACUCCGGGAUGGCAUAUCACUGGAGCAAACUUUAGGUCCUGAUUGUUCUGUGGAACCCAACGAAACCAUUAGUUCAGAUUCCAUCAGAGUGCUUGUUCAAACAAUUCUCUCAGAUAAGAAACCUGAAGAAGUUCCAUUGCUUGUAGAAUCUCUCCUGAGCAAAGUUAUUCAUGAAUUUGAGCGCCGUAUGGCAAACCAGAAUGAUUUGGUGAAAUACAAUAUAGAUCCUAAUGACAGUAGUUCAUUAUCCAGAACAGAGUCAACAGACACACCACAGGAAAUGGAGGCAACCUCCACCUGCGAUCAAGGGAAGAUGGAUGAAGAAGACCACAAGCCAGUCACUAAUGACGUGAAGAUGGACGAAGAACACAAUUCUUUCACUAAUAAUGUGAUGAUGGACGAAGAAGACCACAAUUUUGUGAGUACGACAGGAGAGCUGAAUUCUGCUGCGCUAGUGCCCGAUGAUAGUGUGGAAAAACAUAUACAGGCAAAGGCAGAAAUAAAUUUUGAUCUGCAACAGAAGCAUAUCCAGGAUUUGAAAAAUAACCUCUGUACUGUUAAGUCUGGGAUAGAGCACUUCAAAUUGCAGUACUCUGAGGACCUUGCUAAGCUUGGAAAUCAUUUGCGCAUUGUUUCUCAUGCGGCUUCUGGGUAUCAUAAAGUCCUAGAAGAAAACCGUAAGCUGUACAACCAACUACAGGAUCUUAAAGGUAAUAUUAGAGUGUACUGUCGAGUGAGACCUUUCCUACCUGGAAAGGUAAGUUCCUCAAGCAGUGUCGCUGGCACAGAAGAUAGAACUAUCACAGUUAUGACUCCAUCGAAACAUGCCAAAGACGCACGGAAAUCUUUUACUUUCAAUAGAGUCUUUGGACCAUUGGCCACACAAGAGGAGGUCUUUGCAGACAUGCAACCUUUAAUCCGCUCUGUUCUUGAUGGCUACAACGUCUGUAUAUUUGCGUAUGGCCAAACCGGGUCAGGGAAGACCUUUACAAUGAGUGGUCCUAAAGUAUUGACGGAAGAAGGGCUUGGCAUCAAUUAUAGGUCUUUAAAUGAUCUAUUCGACAUUCAAGCACAGAGGAAGGAUACAAUUUGUUAUGAAAUUUCUGUGCAGAUGAUUGAGAUCUACAAUGAACAAGUGAGGGACCUCCUUCAUAAUGGUCCAAACAAGAAAUUAGAAAUUCGAAAUAGUUCGCAGAAAGGUAUUGCAGUUCCAGAUGCAAACAUAGUUCCGGUUGCAUCGACUUCCGAUGUGAUUGAUUUGAUGAAUCUGGGACAAAAGAACCGUGCAGUUUGCUCAACGGCCAUGAAUGACAGAAGUAGUCGUUCCCACAGUUGUGUAACAGUUCAUGUUCAAGGCCGAGAUUUAACAUCAGGAACGGUCCUUAGAGGUUGCAUGCAUCUUGUGGACUUAGCUGGCAGCGAAAGAGUCGAUAAAUCUGAGGUUGUAGGAGACAGAUUAAAGGAGGCACAACAUAUAAACAAGUCACUGGCUGCGCUAGGAGAUGUCAUCGCAUCCCUCGCCCAGAAAAACGCGCAUGUUCCUUACCGAAAUAGCAAACUUACUCAGUUACUGCAGGACUCUCUUGGAGGACAAGCAAAAACAUUGAUGUUUAUUCACAUAGCUCCGGAACCGGACGCUGUUGGUGAAUCAAUAAGCACUUUGAAGUUUGCCGAGAGAGUUGCCACUGUUGAGCUUGGAGCAGCCAAGACAAACAAGGAAGGAGGAGAAGUCAAAGAGCUCAAAGAACAGAUUGCUUGCCUCAGGGCAGCAUUGGCUAGGAAAGAUGGAGAAAACGAAAGCAUACGAACUACACAUUCGAGCCCUGACAUAUAUAGACUGAGACCUGGUCAUGCAUCGCCUGCAUCCGGCCAACCAAUGGAAGAUGGGUGUCUAGAGACCCAAAGCAACGGCUCUCCAAGACACACAAAGCCAAACUUCGAAUUGUCAGACAUGCUUGUAGAGAACGAUCAAUCUCUGUGGCCUGAUACUUGCAAUGGUGACAACAUCCAAUUGAGGAGCAGCAAUUCUCUGCCAGAGUUGGGACCUGAUGCCACACAUGAUCUAGCCUUGUAUCAAAGAAACAGUCCUGAACAACAGUGGAGUUGGGCUGGGUCUGUUGCAACAGAGGAUUCAGAUGACUGUGAGGUUGCAACUAAUUGCUCAUCAGAACAAGAUUCGGUGCGGCCAGCCAGCGCCCCAAAACCGAGGGGCGCCUCAGCGGCAAAGAAAGCUCAGCCCAAGGGUACAAAAAGCACUGACAUCAGAGGGACAAAUCCUGCGAAAAGGACAACACCGUUGCAGAAAAAGGCGAAUGGAGCUGCUCAGAUUCCAACCAAGAACGGUAAACAGACAAGUUCGGGUGGGGUUGAAGGAAGAAAAACUCCCAAUGGUAAAGCAAGCACCAAGAAGUAAGCAAUCAAUGUGGAGCUGGAUUUUUUUGUGGCCAUCUUCACCUUGGACAGGAGCUGCUAGAUAAAUAUGUUGAUCCUAUUGAAGGAUCCAUCUUCACCUUCACCUCUGGAAAGAGUUACGGAAAUGUGAGUGAUUUACAUUGAUUGGCAAUUUAUUUAUCCCUUAUAGGGUAUAUAGAAAAUGGGCCGAGAAAAACCAUGAGGUUGGGAGGAACGCGACAAGGGUUUGAAGUUUGAGUAAAUUGUACUGUACAUUGUAGUCAUGGGCCAUGGCAACACCUUGUGAUUAGUUUUUUCGCAACGGAUGUAGCUCUACACUGUAAUUUUCCGGUCAUGAGUGGUGCCUCCAGUUGUUUGAGUUGCACAUCAAUGGCAGCCCCACCAUUUACCCUAUGUGUUUGAUUUU